AUGGGCAACACGCAAUCCACAGUGCGCUACCUCGCGCCGGCGUCGUUCCUGUUCGACUUCGCAGCGCAGCAAUACGGCAUGUUUUCCAAACCCAACAUGCUCGACAUUCACAAUAAGAAUCUCGCGGCCUUCUCGCCGUACCCGUACGCGAUCGCGGGCUUCUUCUUCCCGCAGCAGCUGUUCCAGCUCGCGUGGCUGUGGAAGCUGUGGAACCAGGACGGCUCGGCUGCGGAUCGCAGCAUGAUGAACAGGUUUGCGUGGGUGUAUAGUUUGGGGAAUUUUUGUAUCGGGACGUGGAUGUUCUUCUGGAACGCAAACGACCUCGAGACGGCCAAUGUGUUCGUCAUCAUCAACACGGUCGCGCAGCUGGGCUACAUCGCCACAGCGCUCGAGCCGCUCGACACCCGCUCCACGCCCAACUGGCUCACCCACAUCGUCGCGAAGACGUUUGCGGGCAUCGGCGUCCUCGACCUGCUGCACAACACGUCAGCUGCGUACUACCGCGGGGUGCCACCCUCGGGGCUGGUACAGAUAGCGACGGGCGUCGCGUUCGCUGCGGCAGCUAGCGUCAGCGACUGGAUCUUCGGUGCGUGUCUGGUGUACGAUCUCGCUGCACUCGCGGUCGGGCAGGCGGGGACUAGCUGGGGCAGCCUGCUGGGCGGAUAUGCGGCGGCGACGGCGGGGAUUGUUGGGUUCAGGAACUACGUCUAUCCACGAUGGAAGGCGCAGAGGCAGGGGUACUCGAGUGUUGGUGACGGGGACAACGGCGGGUCUUCUUGA